AUGAAUACAUGCACGAUCAAUAAAAAAACAGAUUCUGAAAAAUUGAGUUGGUCAAACUUAAGGAAAAAGAUUAUUAAAAAAUACCCUCAAUACAAGGUAAUUAUAGAUUCCAACUCUAACCUCUUUUCAAAAUUAGACUUUUCAAAAAAAGAAAAUUAGGUCAAAGUGAUAAACAAAAUUAUCGAAAAAUAACAACAAGCAUUAGAAUUAAUUUUUACAGAAGAACUUGAAAAUUCAUAAAAGGAAUAAUAAAAGUAAAUCUAGAAAUUGGUAGGAAUUAUAGCAAAGUAAUCAAAGACAAAAGCAACCAAAUAAGAAGAGUUAAAAAAAAUAGGGUAACAAAAAGGAAAUUUAAAACCUAAUGUUACUGCCCCAGUCAAAAUGUAAUUGUAGAAAAAGGUCUCUGACAAAAUAGAGGCUUGGAAUACUCUUGAUGAUACUUAGAGCCUAAUUCAUGAUUAUCAGGAUGGCACUUAAGACUAAUUUUAUAUUACAUAAGAUGUCUAAGCUCCAUAAGAAAAUGAAUACAGAAAAUCAGGGUCAACCCAAUUUGUACCUUAAUCAAUUCUUACUAAAAAGAAAAAAAAAUAAAAAAAAGCUAAAGUUUCAACUGUCAAAGAGAAGUCUGUUCGAUUCUCAGAGAAAAUUAGCCAAAAUGAAAAAAAUAUCGAUAAAAACAAAUUUUUAAAGGAAGCUCUGGAAAAUGAAGAAUUAGACAAGAAUUAAGGACAAAACGGAAAUUCAGAUGAAGAAGAAAAUGUCGAAAGCAAUGAAGAGAACACCCAAAUAGAGAAUGCACAUUUGGAGGAUGAUGUGGAUGAUGAUGACGAAAUUGAAGAUAAUAAUGAAGAGAGUUAAAAUGAAAAUGACGAAGAAGAGGAAGAUGAGGAUAAUGAAGAAGAUGAUAUUGAAGAUGAUGUCGAAGAAAAUGGAGAGGAGGAAGAAUAAGAGGAAGAGGAAGAAGAUGAAGUUGAAGAUGAGGAUGAUGAUGAUGAUGAAGAGUAAGAGGAAGAGGAAGAUUAAGAAGAAGAGUAGGUGGAUGAAGAUGCUGAUGAUGAUGUAGAUGAGGAUGAUUAAGAUGAGGAGAUUGAAGAAAACGAAAACUCUAAUGAAGAAAAUGAUAUAUAAAGCAAAGAUUAUGAGAAUAAAAAAAAUUCUAGAGAUUUAACAAAAAAGAUUUUCUGA